AGUGAAUACUACAAAGAAUGAAAAAGCCCCCAUUAAAAAAAAAAUCAUGAUUGAGAGUGUAACAAACAUAAACAUGUGAAUCCGUGAAAUCCAUCCAAAAAAAACCCCAGCUCUAUAUAUAUAAAGCUACAAUACCCAUUACCCAAACAACAACAUCCUUCACGCUCCAAACAAUUCCCAACAGUUAAAAUAUGAAUCUUAAAAUUCCAAUUUUAUUCUUCUUCUUCCUUAUUAUUAUUAUUAAUACUCUGUUUCCCUCUACAUUUAGUCUUCCUGUUCAUCACCCUCACCCUCACCCUCACCCUCACCCUUACCCUAAACAUAAAGAUAAUCCUUCUUCUCGUUUAAAAGGAAGACACCAACAAGUAAUGGGUAACUGUAAUUUAUUUCAAGGAAAAUGGGUUUUUGAUCUUACUGUUUCUUCUCCUUAUAAUUACUCUACUUGCCCUUUUAUUAACCCUGAAUUUGAUUGUCUUAAAUAUGGUCGUCCUGAUACUCUUUACCUUCAAUAUUCUUGGCUUCCUGAUAAUUGUCCUCUUCCAAGAUUUGAUGGGAUAGAAUUUUUGUCGAGAUUCAGAGGGAAAACGAUAAUGUUUGUGGGUGACUCACUGAGUUUAAAUCAGUGGAACUCGUUAACAUGUAUGAUUCACGCGUCGGCGCCUCAGGUUUCAUACAGCAUGGGAAAGAAAGGUGUAAUCUAUUCUGUCAAUUUUCCGGAUUAUGGGGUGAGUGUGCAACUAUACCAUUCAACCUACUUAGUUGACGUUGUUAAGGAGCCAAUUGGAAGGGUUCUUAAGUUAAACUCCAUUGAAGGAGGUAAUAUUUGGAAAAACAUGGAUGUCCUCAUCUUCAAUACUUGGCAUUGGUGGCUUCACAAUGGACCUGUUUCUCAGGGAUGGGACUAUAUACAAGAUGGGCCCCAUGUAUACAGGAAUAUGGAUCGUUUAACCGCUUUCACAAAAGGGAUGACAACUUGGGCUGGUUGGGUGGAUAGCGCCGUUGAUCCUUCCAAAACUAAAGUGUUUUUCCAAAACAUAUCUCCAACUCAUUAUAAUCCCAGAGAAUGGCACGGAGCAUCAAAGAGCUGCAUCGGGGAAGCAGAACCAUUGUCGGGCUCAACAUACCCAGGAGGUUCUCCGCCUGCAGCAGACGUCGUGAGAAAAAUAAUCAGCAAUAUGAAGAAACCGGUAUUCCUGCUUGACAUAACGACAUUAUCACAGUUGAGGAAAGAUGCUCAUCCCGAAACCUACAGUGGCGAUCACUCAGGCACAGACUGCAGUCAUUGGUGCCUUCCAGGACUUCCCGAUACCUGGAAUGAACUCUUCUAUGCCGCGUUAGUCAUGUGAAUUUCCCACCCACAGUCUCUGAACAAAGUCUUUUUGUUCUUUCCUUAGUUUUCAGUUCAAGUUUAUAAUUACAUUCAUUAAGAUGGUAGAAAGGAAUUGGGAAAAGGAAAAAGAAAAAAGGAAGAAAUGCUUAUAUUUGAUCAUAGGAUAAGGAGUGCAUAGGUUUCUUGCUAAGAAAUUGAUAUCCCUAGUUUGAUUUGCCACUCUCAAAGGAUGAGUGGCAAUUGUUCAUAUUGAUGUAUCCUGUAUUUUCGAAAGGCGCAAUACGAAAAACAUUCUAAUUUUUAAUUUC